AGGUUUGAGGCCAAAAUGAUGGGGACUGAGUUUAUCUGAAAUUCUUGAAAUUUGGCUCCAGUCUUUUCAUGAAGCAAUGAAGGUUCUGUUUGAAAUUGCGUUCUCUGGUCACUGUUUAAGUCAGCUGGGAUCAAAAAAAUGAAUAUAUUCCCUUGUUUUCUAGUCCAGAAUAGAUUUUUUCCAGGAUUUCUCCCUGUACAUAUCCACUGCUUCCCUGAAAUGAAGCCCUGCUCCUGGUAUUUGGUUCCUCUCUGACAAAAAGCAAAAGGGAAGGAGCUGUUCUCUAAAAAUAUGUGGAAUUUAAUCAGGAAUUAGAGGUCUUUCUUAGAAAAGAACCUACUGACAAUAGACAGAACCUCCUCACACCACCAAAAGCCAAGACCAACACCACGUUUUCUGAAAUUUAAAGAAUUCAGGAGGUUUCCCCAAAGGAUGGUUGGGCAGCUGCUUGUGCAAGCUGAACGGAGAAGGAACAUUUUACAACUUUAUCAUAACAUACUGGAGAGAGAUUAGAUAGAGACUGGCAGAUUGCAGCCUGGCUGUCAGGAUUUGAAGAGCAAGAAGCAGGGAGUUCAGAGCUGUCCCAGGAGGAGCUGGGAAUGUGCCAGAGCUGGGAUCUGCGAAGCGACGCUUUGGCAAGGACCAUAAAUCACCCAUGGACAAUCCCUGCGGCCUUUGCCAGGCUGCUUUGGUUGUCCCCAUGGCAACACCUUUUCCCGAGGGCAAAGUUCAAUUAUUUUACAUUUUUAUUGCCGCUGCUGUUUGCUUAAAGUUUUACCAGAACGACUUUGUGCUCGGACAGCGCCGAGGAGGAAUCCCCCUCAUGGUGCACGGGACUAAAGGGAACCAAAUCCUCUGAGCUGAGGGGAAAAAAAUCUGGGCAAAGAUGCCGUCCAGGAAGAAAACCUCCAUGUUCGCCUCUUCCUUUUGUGCCUGUGUGUGCUCCUUCGUGGUGAUCUGCGUGGUGCUGGCCACCCCGCAGUGGGUGAGCAGCGAGGUCCGGUUCUCGCGCACCGGCUCCGCCGUCACCGUCAGCCUCACCUACGGCCUCUUCAGCGGCACCUGCGAGCAGUUCGUGGAUGCAGGACUCCAGGUGUCCAAAACCACCUUCCAAGUCUCAGAGGCGCUGAGCAGCAGCAGGAGCAGGAGCCUGGUGGUGGCCACCGUCGUGGUGCUGGUGCUGGCCCUGCUGAGCUCCCUGCUCAGCGCGGGCUUCACCUGCACCAACGCCGUCAGCAACCCCUACCAGACAUUCCUGGGACCCAUCGGGGUCUACACCUGGAAUUCCCUCUGUGGAGUCCUCAUCCUCAUAGCCAUGAUCCUUUUCCCCGUGAACGUGGAAGGCAACAAGCUGUCUGAAGAGCUGGCCCACAGCUGCUCCAGCUCCCUGCAGGCCCAGCUCGGAUCCAAACACAACUAUGGAUAUUCCUACUGGAUCAUGCUGCUCAUCCUCUUCCUGAACAUCGCUUCUCUCGUCAUCAUCUAUUUCUACGACCACGCCAGAUAUUCCAAGAAGAAAGAGCAGGAAAGACCCAUAGAGAAUGCACCAAAGGAUGUUAUUCUGUUUUAAGGACACCUUGGAAAGGAGGCUGUGAAGGAAGAUGACUUUAAUGUGGACAGCAAAUUUCCAUUUGCUGGGAACUGCGUGCACACUUCAAUUCCCAGAUUGAUUGAUUGGAGGACACGAAAGCCUGGUUUGGUUUUGGCUGUGUGCACACUUCAAUUCCCAGAUUGUUUGGAGGACACGAAAGCCUGGUUUGGUUUUGGCUGUGUGCACACUUCAAUUCCCAGAUUGUUUGGAGGACAUGAAAGCCUGGUUUGGUUUUAGCUGUGUGCACACUUCAAUUCCCAGAUUGUUUGGAGGACACGAAAGCCUGGUUUGGUUUUAGCUGCCUGCUGGUCUGAGCAGGGAGAUCAAAGCCAUCGUUUAGUUGUGUGGAAUUUGGGAUCUUGAGGGACAGAACACACCAGGAUCCCUUGGGAUGAGGAGAAAUGGUCACUGAGCUGCUGCUGCUCCAUUUUCUCCUUGCUCUGCUCAGGGAUCUCCUGCAGGUCUGGAGGCUCCUGGGCAUGGGAGCACUUGUGGCCAAAAUCCACAGAACACAGGGGUGGAGUCCCCAUCCCUGUGGAGGUGGCACUUGGGGACACUGGUGGCCUUGCCAGUGCUGGGGAAAGGCUGGACUCCAUGGAUUUUCCAGCCUAAAUGAUUCAAAAACUCCAUGAGAGUAGAGAAGCCCAGUAUCUACAGGUUAUCAAUGCACAGAAACAGCAGGCAAAUCCUGCUUGAGCACUGCCAAGAGCCAAGGGCAAAGCCACACCUCGGGCAGGUGAGCCCAGCCCCUCUCCACGCGUCCCUGCCUGGCACAAAGUCCCCCAGGUGAUGAUUUCAGAGAUGAUUUCUGGCCAGGGCCAUCCCAUGCCCAGCUGGAGGAGUAUUUCAUGUGCUCACCAAGACACAGGAGUGGGGAGCUCCCUUCUCAUUCCUCCCUGGGCAUGAGCACUGGGACCUUGGGACAGAUCCAAAGGGCAAAAUCCUGCUCAGAGCACGUGUCGAGCACUUCUGCCCCUUUGUCCCUCACCUCUGCAGCCAGGAGAGACUUUUUUAUUCCUUUAAAAAGAAAAAAAAAGCCUCCUGUUGCUUUCCAGUGUGGUUUUCAGUCACACUCCAGAUCUGUCCUGUGAUACAAGAGGUGCUCGUGGAGACAAAACAGCAUUUUGAAGAGGGGAUGAGGAGAUACAAGAGGUGAAUCCUCACUAUUUAUGUCACAAAAAUGAAGUCUGGAGAUGAAAGCAGCCAGCACUUUGUGCAGCUGAGCUCUUUCAAAGGAACCAAAGCAGAGGGAUUUCCCAUCCUGCUUUGAAAGGGUGCUGAGGGCAGAGUGGGGAAUAAAAUAAAAGAGGAUUUCUAAGACUUGAGGGGUGGCACAGGUCAAUAAAAUCAGGGCUGAUCUUUGCUCUGCAUGCCUGGAAGUGCUGGGGAGGGCUGGAAACGUUAUGGUGGAGCCAAACACUUGCCAGUUUUGCUUUGGCUGCAAAAAUUUUUACAGUUUCAGCAUUCAUCUGUCAGCGUUGAGCCCAGCCAGCAUCUGUCACGUGCCACAGCUCUGCUCAGAGGGGUCUGGUGGAGGGAUGGAGUCAGAAUAAUCCAGGAGGAGCAAGAAUUCCAGCUCUGGGGAGCUCGGAGGAAUCUGGUGGAGGGAUGGAGUCAGAAUAAUGCAGGAGGAGUAAGAAUUCCAGCUCUGGGGAGCUCAGAGGGGUCUGGUGGAGGGAUGGAGUCAGAAUAAUCCAAGAGGAGUGAGAAUUCCAGCUCUGGGGAGCAGGAGCUUCCCCUUGCCUGGGAGUUUGUGCUGCACCUAAGCACUGGUUUGGGAAAUCACAGAAAUGCUGCUGUUGGGUGCCUGUGGGAGCACGUGGCUCUGGUAAAACCAGACUGGAGGUCUCUUGUUUGCCUGCAGACACCAGAAAGUCUCUGUGUAACAAAUCUCACCUGCUUUGAUGCGAGUGCCAGAUCAAAGCCACCACAACGCGACGAAAACCCGAUUUAAACAGGAGUUCAAGUUGCAGCUGACUAACAAAGCUACCUCAGGAUUCUGCCUCUGCAUCUUUUAUUUCAAUUUGAGGGCAGAAAUUCCCUUCCCAG